GCGUGGGUCAAAUCAUUCUGGAAUGGAAGUGAAGUGACAUUGGGAAACAAGCUCUGCAGCGAUCUUGACACCCCCAGCAACCACGAGCCGAGCCAGGACCCGGGCCUGGCCCUGGCCGACGCAAUUGCACGACGCGAAUGCAGGGAGUACGAGGACAUGGUGGACCGGCUUAAGGAACCCAUCUUUCUCUUGCAUCCCACCUUAUUUGACGCAUAUGGGAGUAGCCAGAAGUUCUCGGCAAUAGUGGCACAGCAUGCUAUACGGCCCAUCAUGAAAAUGAUGGCAAUACGGCGAGGCAUGUUGACUCUCACUAAGCUCCCAGAUGGUACCCUUGUCUCUCCUGGCGCCGAUAUCCCGCCCAUGGAGAUCAGAACCGAGAGACUCAAUUUGUGGUAUCAAAUGUUCGAGGCCCACGACUGA